GCUCCAUCCACCAAUGAGAUCACGUCGAUCUAGUCUCUUCGGGGACCAACCAACUUCCGCGGCCCUUACACUGCCCGUUUGACUACAGAGAGUGAGUGUUCAGACACCCCGUAGGGUGAUCCAAGAAGUUUCUAUGGCAAAGACCUUGAUAGCCAUAAGCGUCCGAAAAGUCUAUGGUUCUGGGCAACACUGAACAACCUCGCGCGGCAUUUCCCACGGCAUUCCUUGGGUGGAGGUUAUACCUUCCAACGUCUCCAAGCCAAGUCUGACAAAGGAGGAUCGAGACUUCGACGACCAUGAAUCCCCGACAUGGCCAAGCCCGAUAACGCUUUUUCAUCCUGUAUCUGGGUUCAAAAGCCGACAACGUCAAAAUUUUCGAUUUAGUCGGAAGGCUAUUAUCUGAUAAGAUGAUUGCUAAAUCCGCAUCUGAUACGAAGUGUAGUACUUCGCAUUCACGCCUGAUCAAUACUUCCUCGAGCAAUUGUUGCAACAAUCAUUUCAUUCCUCGGUCCUCGUGGUACCAAGUCCAAGCCACUACAAGCACAGUCAUACCGGUCUUAACCUGCUGAUAUCACCAUGGCUAAACUCGGCCAAGCACUCGAGAAGAGACUGCUAUUGAAACUAGGUAGCUCUGCCUCCUGGUGGGCGAACAAACCUUUGUCGAAAGCUCAUUGAAAACUAGAUGUCUUUAUCAUUGUUGGUCGAAUCGAGGAAACCCUGGGUUGAAGAUGUCGAUGGCUGAUUCCCCCAAUCAGGCAUAUUGUUGCUUAUGCUACUUUCUUAACUAUCUUGACCGCAAUGCUUUUGCAAAUGCUUAUGUGACUAUUAUUCACCUUUCCUCCAGAUUUGUUCUUCCUCACAAUAGAUGUAAUAGGUCGCUGGUAUGAGAGAAGGUCUCGGCCUACAGAAGAAUGACUACAGCCUUUUGCUUUCUCUGUUCACUGCAGGGUCGGUUGCCUCCUUCCAAUCGACACAUGUGUCAUGCAUUGCAACUCACUUCAACACAUACAAACAGGAUGCUUAUUGGACAAAUUCCUCAUGCUCUGAUACUGCAGAGAGUACAACCUAGAAUCUGGAUCCCUCUGACUGUCAUCAUUUGGUCCGGUCUGACCAUGGCUUGCGCUGGAUGCCACAACUUUGCACAGAUCGCCGCAGUCCGUUUCCUACAAGGCUUCUUCGAAGCAAGCUUGUACAGUGGAACCAUGUUUAUCAUUGGAUCUUGGUAUAAAGCCGAGGAAAUCUCGAAGCGAACAUCCAUUUUCACUUCCAUUGGCCAAGUGGGCUCCAUGUUUGCUGGUAUCAUGAUGACGGCCAUCCGCAAGACCAUGGACAAUCAUAACGGAAUGGAAGGUUGGCGAUGGGUCUUUAUAAUUGAUGGUCUCAUGGGUAUGCCGGUAGGAAUCUUUGGCCUGCUCUUCUUACCCAACACGCCCGAACGGACCAAAAUGCCCUACCUCUCCAAGGAUGAGAUCCAAUUCGCCAUCAAUCGCCUACCGCCUCUCGCUCACGACAGUGCCAACAUCAAUGUCAGGUCAUUGGCCGGCCGUGUUCUGAAGAAACCUACCAUCUACAUCUUGACCAUGUUUUCCAUCUUGUGUGCAAUGACCGAAGCAUUUGCUUUCCAAGGCUGUUUUCUCCUUUGGAUGAAGUACUAUGAGGACAAAUUUCCCAAGACGGCCGUCAAUACGUAUCCCUUGGGCAUCCAGGCGGUGGCAAUCACCUCGAUGAUCCUGGCCGGAAUAUACAUGGACAAGACGAAAAGGUGCUUGGAGGUUGGUAUCCUGUGUGGCGUUCUUCAAUUCACGUCUGCCGCGAUGCUGGUUGCCCCCUCGCUUUCCACCGCCGGAACCUUUUUCGCCUUCUACCUCAGCGGCUCGUCGUUCAUGGUGAACCCACUGUUGUACGGCUGGGGAGGAAUCAUCGCCCGAAGAGGUGGUGACAACGCGGCGCGAGCCAUCAUUCUCUACGUCAUGAACACGGGUGGUCAACUGCUCUACACUUGGUGGGGUAUCGUGUUGUAUCCCGCCACCGACGCGCCGUACUGGAAAAAAGGAGCCAUCGCUGUCAUGGUGGCGGUGGUGUGUUACUCGGGCGGGCUGUACUGCAUGUGUUGGCUCGAUAAACGAACCAAGGAGACUGAACAGCUUGGAAAAACAGAAGAGCCAACCACCACAAGGCACGGGGAAACAGACGAGGAGGAAAGCGAGGACGCGGAAAAAUACAUCCAGGUGUCGGAACCAAUUUCACCAAAACACUAGGAUGAGGCGGAACAUGCAUCACACAGCGAUACCUUGUGUCUAGCCUUGCUGCGAUUCCCACGAUGCCCUUUCACAUGCCAAAUCAAAGGGGCAUCGCUUUAUAUUUUCUGAACGAAAACGGGUAAUAGACAACAGUACGGUCGGGGAUGUGUAUGAUGUAUGUUUAUAUAUUUAUGUAUCGUGUUAUAUACAAGCUGAUAGACCGAACAAAACCCCUCAAUACUCC